CGGAGGAGCCGAGGCAGCGGCGAGACGAGACGGGGCGUCCGCAGCGGAGAGAAGAGGCGGAUCGGGAGGAUCGGGCGGGGGGCUGGCGGAGGAGCAGCAGCAGCAGCAGCCGGGGAGGGGCGGCCCAGGGCGGCAGCAGCGGAGGAGGAGGAGGAGGACCCGCGCCGGGCUCACCGUGGAUGCGGAGCCGGGAAGAGGCGGCGGAGGAGGCGUCGGAGCCCCGCCGCACCCGGGCCCGGGGGGGUCAGCGAUGAACAAGCUGCGGCAGAGCCUGAGGCGCAAGAAGCCAGCCUAUGUCCCAGAGGCCAGUCGCCCCCACCAGUGGCAAGCUGAUGAGGAAGCCGUCAGGAAGGGGCGCUGUAGUUUCCCAGUGCGGUACCUGGGUCAUGCCGAAGUUGCGGAGUCUCGGGGAAUGCACGUUUGCGAAGAAGCCGUGAAGAAGCUGAAAGCGAGCGGCCGCAAAUCGGUGAAGUCCGUGCUUUGGGUCUCGGCGGAUGGCUUGAGAGUUGUGGACGACAAAACCAAGGAUCUGAUCGUGGACCAGACGAUUGAGAAGGUCUCCUUCUGCGCCCCAGACCGCAACUUCGACAAGGCCUUUUCCUACAUCUGCCGGGACGGAACCACGCGGCGAUGGAUCUGCCACUGCUUCCUGGCGCUGAAGGAUUCGGGAGAGCGCUUGAGCCACGCCGUGGGAUGUGCCUUUGCCGCUUGCCUGGAGCGCAAGCAGAAGCGGGAGAAGGAGUGUGGCGUCACGGCCUCCUUCGACGCCACCCGCACCAGCUUCGCCCGCGAGGGCUCCUUCCGCCUGCCAGCACCCCCUGCCUCGGCCAGCCGACCCUCGGGAGCGAGGCCCCCGCAGGACAGGAAGAAAGCGGAAGCGGCGACGGUGCCUGCGCCCCCCUCCCCAGCUCCCGCCCAGCCGGGCAGCGCCUCCCCUCCGCAGGGGGCCACGUCGCCGGAGGAGAAGGCCGAGGUGGGGGGCGCCCACGCCAUGCCACGUCGCCAUGCGCCCCUGGAGCAGCUGGUGCGCCAGGGCUCCUUCCGGGGCUUCCCCACCCUCAGCCAGAAGAACUCUCCAUUCAAGAGGCAACUCUCCUUGCGGCUAAACGAGCUGCCCUCCACCUUGCAGCGCAGGGGGGAUGCAGUCAUUGAGCUCGACUCGACUCCCAACGGCGACUCCGACAGCAUCACUGCCCUCUGCAGCCAGAUCGACUCCUCGCUCACCCAGCCAGCCGGGGAGGCCCCAAAUGGCACCCCACUUAACGGCACCCCUGGACCCACGGCAGCCGCAAUGCCCAUGGAAGGGGGCAGCACAGGUCCCUCGGCCGGAGCCCCCGUCACCCCCCCGUUCCAGCCGGGCCACAAGCGGACGCCAUCAGAAGCUGAGCGCUGGCUGCAGGAAGUGGCCAAGGCUGCGAAGGCCCAACAGCAGCAGCAGCAGCAGCAGCAGGUGCCCAUGGCGCUGCCCGCCUUCCCCCUGAGCUACGACGUGGGCCCCCCGCCCCUGGGCAUGUUUGUGCCGCCCCCUCCUCAAAUGCCGCCAGCUUUCCUCCCCAUGGGCAUGCAAUACCCCCCGGGGAUGCCCUACGCCGCUGCUGCCGCCGCGCCCAGCUUGCCCGUGGUGGGCAUCACCCCCUCGCAGAUGGUGGCCAACGCCUUCUGCUCUGCCACGCAGGCGCCCGCCGCAAACUUGGGGGCCAAGGCCAGCCCCUUCCCGCAGAACCUGCUGGGCCCUGCCCGGCCCAGGCCCAACGGUGGCUCCUGGCCCCCCGAGCAGAGCCUGCCGGCGCCCCCCGCCCCCCGCCAGGACCCCCCCACAGACCCCUUUGAAGCACAGUGGGCGGCGCUGGAGUCCCGGGCUCCUUCCGCCACCCCCAACCCCUUCUCCGACGACCAGCAGAAAACCUUCGAGAUCGAGCUGUGACCGCCACGUUUCCACAACUUGGACUGCCGGGGGCCGCCCUGCUCUCCUUUUCGGCCCCCUCCCCGCCACAGAGUCCCGCCUGCGGGUUGUCAACUCGGACUCCAUUUCCCAUUAGCCCCAGGGGCUGGCAUCCGCCAACGGCCCGGGGGUUUGGGGAGCUUUUUGUUGCUUCUGGUGGGAUGUCCCUCCUUGUCUGGUUGGGGGGCUUGCUUUAUUUCUCUCUUCCUCCCCAGAGGAAACGAAAGAGGGGGCCGAGGUGCGGGUGCAGGGGGCCCCUUCUCUUGCCAUAACGUCCAGAGUUUCUGCCCCUGGGCAUUUGGGGCGACGGUGAAUCCAGCUGGCCUGGCGCUGCCUCGUUUUGUGCUUCCUUUACUCCCCCUCAUUUGGUUGAGCAGCCCAAAGACUCUCUUCCCUGGCAUAUCCUGACCUGGCUGCCUUCUGCAAAGCCCCCCCCCCUUGCCCCCCUAUAUAAUGCAUUCCUCAGGCAGCACAUUGCAAGCAACAUUCUUUGGAGGGCUCAAAUCCCUGUAGCGGGGAGUUCCACAGCUCCCUGAGCACAUGAAACCUCUCUCCUCGCAGCCCGGUGGUAGCAAAUGCCCUGAAGGCAAAUGCCUUCCUGGGCAGGGGCAGGGACACCGUGCGAGUGGCAGAGUCGUGCCCCAUUUUGGGUGGUGCUCAGGUGGGAGUCAGGGCCCCUUAAGGCCCUCCAGUGGCUGGAGUGAGGAGGGGGAACCUUUACUGCUUAGUAGGCUUCUGUGCAUUGCGGGGGGGGCCCGGCGAUCUCACCUGGCACAAUGUUCAGAGCGGAUCGUGCCCAAGCAAACGGUUUUAUCUCACUUUCAUCUGGUGGAAACUUCUGGUGUUUUUAAACGACAUUUCCGGCUACGAAUGGCGCUCGGAUUACAGGGAAUCUGUGGGGUGAGGCGACGGACACCCCACAUCGAAGCUGCUGGUUUUAGAAAUCUGCCCGAUCGACAAUGGCGUGGAUAAAAUUGGUGGGGUGGGCUUGUGGGUUUCCUACCUACCUUCCUUCCGUCCCCCCUUAAUAAUUUGAUCUCCGCUGUAUUUUUAUUUUUGGAACAGGGGAAGGAUAAAAGCCCCAUGGAUGUAAAAUUAUAUUGAAUUCGGCAAGGGAACCGUCUUCGUUUUUUAUUUUGUUUUUAACCGUGCCUCAAAGUCAAAUUCCAAUAAUGGAACUGAACAAUUUCAAAACAUGGUUGCAGCAAAAAAACACAAAAAACAACAACACACACCCAGUGGUUGUGCUGCAGAAAAAGUGUGAAUGUUAGGAGAGGGAGGGGUUUUUUUGGUUCUGCAGCUGCAGG